UCAAAAUCGUUGUCGCUGAUACAGGUUGUGACGGGCGCUGUCAUAGUUUUACCCUGAAACGUGCGCGUGGAUUGAGCUCGGGCCAGCGCGAAGGACCAACAGUGCGCAUUGUGGAUUUUUUUUGUAAUAUUUGGUGCGUGUGCAAGUGUGGUAAAAAUCGGGCAAUCUGGCGGCGUACCUUGAAGGAGGGCCCGCGAUCGCGCCUUUAGGGACUCUCACGCUGAGGGCCGGACUGGCUCAUGUGCCUGUCGGGCCUCCCAACGCCAACUACCUUCAACAUUCUACACAUAAUAUAGGUCGGUGUGAGCCUACCGGCGGCAUGCUGAUAGCGUGCGCGGGCUGCGACAAGCCCAUCCUGGACAAAUUCCUGCUGAACGUCCUGGAGCGGACGUGGCAUGCCGACUGCGUCCGAUGCAUAGACUGCCACGCGCCGCUCACCGACAAGUGCUUCUCCAGGGAGGGGAAACUCUUCUGCCGGACGGAUUUUUUCAGGCGGUACGGUACGAAGUGCGGUGGCUGUGGUCAGGGAAUUUCGCCGUCAGAUCUUGUUCGGAAAGCUCGCGAUAAAGUGUUCCACCUGAACUGCUUCACGUGUUUGGUGUGUCGGAAACAGCUGUCCACCGGUGAAGAGCUGUACGUCCUCGACGAUAACAAAUUCAUCUGCAAAGAAGACUACCUCAGCGGCAACAAAGCUGCCGCCGUUAUCACGUCGCAUCAUCAAGGUUUAGGUCAUCGACAAAGUGUUGUUAAAUGAAAAUACCGAAGAAAAGUACUCAGAGCAGGCGCGGAUCCAG